AUGCUUUUCCUACAUUCUCUCGCUCUCUUCGCCUCCGUCGCGGGCCUGGCGGGUGGCCAGACUAUCGACCCGAGCACUGUCGAUGAAUCUACCAGAGACCUCUGCCUGCCCGCUUCUUUGCCUCCAGAUGCCUGGGGCAUCGAACAAACCCAAGGACAACAGCUGCAGCGCGCCUUCGGUCGAACCCAGAAAACUUUGGACUACACUUGUAUCUGCAGCAACGGCCAAUCGCCCAAUGCCUCGGAAUACUCCGAGACGAUCCCCUACUUCAUUUGCACUGAGCAGAACAACAAGUGUGUGAAUGCUUGCAGCAACGGCGACUCUGAGUGCCAGUCGGAUUGUCGCAAUGACCACCCCUGUGGAGCUCAGAACCCCAAGCGCGUCAAUAAAACCACGGCUACCUCCACUGUCAGCACUCCCGCUGCUACCACCUCUCUGGCUCCUUUCACCGGAGAGGCAGAUGCCAAGGGUCUUGCUCCCAGGCAGUCGGUUGAGAUGGGCCAUGUCUAUGCCUUGACCAAGGAGCUUUCCGCGAAGCUUCGCAAUACUCAUCUCUGCAUUCUCCGUCCCAUCGCCUCGUCCUUUCUCAUCUUGACGUGGCGCACACCCCCUCCGCACCGUGAGAUUCGGAAGGCUCCAGUACCGCACCACCCGCCCGAGGCCCAGCUCUCAGACAAAUACCAGGCACAUUUCAUUUCGGAGAUGGAUUACAUACCGCCGGACACAUUCGACGCUCCAUCGUCGACCUUGUACCCGAGGCAAAUAUCGGGCGUGGGAGCCGCAGACUUGGAGAGCUUGAAUUGGAAUGCUGCUGCUAUAGCUCCAUUUGUGAAAGUCGAUGAUCCCCCCAAAUUUGAACUGGAAUCAUACAUCGCGAACUACACUGGCCGGACCAGAUUCAAUCGCCUGUAUCUAAUAGGCACGUGUUCAACAUACCUUUCCAGCGAAGCGCUUAAGACCGCGGUCGCCGAAGCCAAAUCGAACAAAGAUGUCUCGAGAUAUGAGCGGGCUGUGCGAGCGCUUGCUGAGGUUGCGCCGAACGAAACCGAGGCAGCUCUUGACAAGGAGUGGGUAGACCGUAUGAACAAGGUUGUCAAGGCUGAGAGCGACCGAUUAGAGCACGAGCUUCGAGGCUACAAGAACAAUUUGAUCAAAGAGAGCAUAAGGAUGGGAAAUGAAGAUCUCGGACAACACUACCAUCAAAUCGGUGACCUGGUGGCAGCAUCCAAGGCCUAUUCUCGCAUGAGGGACUACUGCACCACCCCGAGUCACAUCGCAUCCAUGCUAUUCAAGAUCAUCAAUGCAGCCAUCGAGCGAGGGGACUGGCUCAGCGUCCAGUCGAACGUCCAACGACUGCGCAACCUCCAGUCCAAACCGGAAGAACAAGCCAAGAACCAGCCCAAGAUGGCCGCCGCACUGGGCCUAUCCCAGCUUCACUCCGGCUCCUAUCUGGAUGCAGCGAACAGCUUCCUCAGCACACCACCCACCCUCGGCGACUCGUACAACGAAACGCUCACCUCCAACGACGUCGCCGUCUACGGCGGCCUCUGCGCGCUCGCCUCCAUGGACCGCCACGAGCUCCAGCGCCGCGUCCUCGACAACUCCGCCUUCCGCAACUUCCUCGAACUAGAACCCCACAUCCGCCGCGCCAUCUCGUUCUUCUGCACCUCCAAAUUCCGCCCCUGUCUCGACAUCCUCGAGUCCUACCGCGCCGACUACCUCCUGGACAUCCACCUCCAGCGCCAUGUCGACACCCUGUACACGCGCAUCCGCACCAAGUCCAUCCAGCAAUACCUCGUCCCCUUCAGCCGCGUCACCCUCGACUCGAUGGCUCGGAUCUUCGCCCCGAACUCUGCCUCCGCCCAACAACCCCCCGCCACGGACCUCUACUCCCCCUUCGUCCAAGAACUGAUCAGUCUCAUCCAAGACGGCACUCUGGACACGCGCAUCGACCUAGAGAAAAUGGUCCUGGUCUCCAACGAAAUCGACAAGCGCACAGAAGUCCAAGAAGCCAUCCUGAACAAUCUCUCCGAGUUCACCCGCGAGGCGCACAUCCGCCUAUUACGGACGGAAAUCAUCCGUGCGGGCCUGGAGGUCCGGAAUACCGACGACCGGUCGAAAACGGGGCAGCAUGGUCACGGGCAAGAUGGAUCUAAGAAGGGCAGCGAGACAACACGAUAUGAGGCAGGACGUGAUGCGAUGCGAUGGAAUGGAAUGAGAUGGGAUGAGAACUAG